AUGUCUACAAAUACAACUGGUAACCUCGGCUGGGUCGCCGAGCCCGAUGGACGAGGAACGUGGGCCAUCCUCUCAACCUGCAGUCUGACUAUCGUGCUCUGCUGCUGGUCAUCUGUCUAUCCUAAUAUUCCUUCGAGAUCAGACGGAGCGUUUAAACGAGGAUUAGGCAAGAUUAAUCUCUUCCUUAUCGGCCUUCUUGGACCAGAGUUCUUGCUUGUUAUCGCUCUUGGGCAGUGGUCAUCCGCUCGGACAUCAUUUAAGAAAUUUCAUCAUGCUGGUUACGAGAACUGGUCUAUGAUUCAUGCAUUCUUCGCCGACAUGGGGGGAUUUCUCCUUGAAUCCCCUGGAAGCGAGCUAUUUCCUAUUGACGCCGAACAGCUGUUUCAUUUGGUGAAAGCCGGAUACGUUCCUUAUCCAGAUUUGGAUAUGGAAGAUAUAAAGGACAAAAGCAAAUUAGAUGGCUUGGCAAGGAUGAUCGCAUCAUUACAAGGAGCCUGGUUCUUGAUCAAUUGCAUAAUCCGCGCCGCCCAACAUCUUUUUCUCACUACUCUUGAGAUCACCACCUUAUCUUUUAUUAUAAUUUUCUUCUUCACUUCAUUCUGCUGGCGCCAUAAACCUCAAGACAUAUCCCGCUCCAUGAUUCUUCAUACAAAUACUCCUAUCGCGACUAUUCGCUCAGAAUGCCGUCCACGUCCCGAGAAGGAAUGGCACCAAACACCGCUCGAUUUUCUUUCUCGAAAUGAAUGGCUCUGCAGUCGCUUGUGGCGCUAUUACGUUCAGAUCCUGCAAUAUUUACAUAUUCCAAUUUUUGCCCGGCCAAUUACUAAGCCUUACGAUCGCAUACCCUCCGAUAACUUCUUACGUCUUGACAGAAUUGCAGACAGUAUUUUUGCUCCUUGUAUGCUAUUAUUUGCUUGCAUGUUCAUGUUUGCCUGGAACUUUGAAUUUCCUACGCCCACGGAGAGGCUACUUUGGCGUAUUGCAGCAGUCUACCAAGUCCUGUUUGGUUCUGUAGGUGCUCUAAUCUGCUGGUAUGCUGAUGUGUUCAUUCUUCCCAAACACGUGGAAAGCGUUGAGAAACCCCCAAAUAAGCUCUUUCAUCGGCUUGCAUGGAAACUGAGAAAUAUCCACCCCGAUCGAGAUCCAGAUUUGGCAGUUCCGUUAAAGGUGCUUCUCCCAAAUGUCUUGCUUUCUUUUUUGUAUUGUUCAUCUCGAGUCUUCAUUCUCGUAGAGGAUUUGGUUGGACUGAGAAGUUUACCAGAAAGUGCGUUCCAGACAGUGAGCUGGUCAAAGUAUAUUCCUCACUGGUAG